AUGCCAGAGUUCAGGCCUAGAGAUGUGAUCCACAGGGAGAGUCCUUACUGUGUAGUUGUCGACGAUGGGGUGCUCGAUAGGAUCUGCUCCUAUUGUCUCUAUUGGAAAGAGGUCGAGCCCUGCGAAUGUCUCCUAGUAUUUUACUGUUCCAACUUCUGCAAGCUGCAGGACGCAAGGGACCAUGAGAUCGAAUGUCUACUGAGUCGGACGCGUGGGAGGGAAUCCCUCCUCGACGACGAAGUCCGACUGGUUGUACGAGCUCUCGCGAAGAACUUCCGCGAAGAGAGGAUCGGUUCCGUCUCGGAGGGGAAUUUCUAUGGCAGUCGGCGGUCGAUAUCCGACUUGGAAACUCACCUGGAAGAUCUAUCAGAAGAUGACCGGCUCGAGGUCCAGGAGAAGGCUCAGAGAAUCGCUUCUCUCAUGAGAGCCUUCACAAACACAGAGGUCCACGAGGUGGCUCUGAUGUUGCAAAGGUUACGAAUCAAUAUGUUCCAGCUGUCGGACCACAGAGCGGUGACUAAAGGAAUCGCAUGUUACCUUGGAAUUUCUGUUGUGGAUCAUACUUGCGAGGAUUCUGGAAACUUUGUGUUGGCCUUCAAAGGAAGAGAAAUCAUCUUGAGGGCAUUGAAGAACUUCACCGUGCAAGAUAUGGGAGACUUUCGCAUAAACUACAUCGAUGCGACGAUUCCCACCGAAGAGCGACGCAGAGCUCUUCUGGCAGGCUAUUUCUUCGCCUGUCAGUGUGCGAAAUGUCUCGCAGAAUCAACUCGUGCUGUCAAUUCGAGCCCCCCGUCGGUGGAACACGGAGGAUUACUCCACGAGCUGGACGCCUUGUUCUUGUCUGGAUGCAGCGACCGGGAGAUGUUCCGCGCAGCCAAGAAUUUAAUGGAGAGGAUUGAACUCUCGAAUUAUCCGACGGAUUACCACCGUGAUCUCUGUUUUCAGAUACAAAGCGCUGCGCUCGCUCUCGGCCGCUAUGAGGAAAGUAUCCGAUACGGACUGAUGGCUGUCGGAGGAACCGAAAACCUGUACCGGUUAGAGUGUGCGAUGGUUUCACUCUGUGAGGCGAUGCAAGCUCUGGGAUGGAAUCACUUCUCCCAUCCAUUGCACAAACAAUCACGUAGGGUUUCGCGUUAUACCGUUAAGCUGCUUAGAUCUAUCUACGGCGACGACUACAUCGUAAUCAACGAAAUGAAAAAGAUGGAUUGGCUCGGCGAAGGCAAUAUGCCAAGCUUGGAUGGAGUGCAGGGGGGAGUCGAAGGGAACGGAGAGGAGGAAGAAGAGACCUCAGGAGAAACUCGAUGA